AUGGCGAUGUCCAAUCACGCCGCCGCCGCCGCCGGCGGCCCACGGUCCCUGCAGUUCCGCCGCUGCGGCCAGCCCCCGCUCGUGACGGACCAGCCGUACCUCGGGCGUUACGGCAGCUACGGCAACAGGUUCAUCGUCACAGACCUCUCCACGCUCCAGAGCGACGGCGCCUGCCGCCGGGCGCUGCGCAGGAUGCUGGCGGAACUGCCGCAGCUCCGGGCGCUCCGCCUCACCCAGGACGAGUGGGACGACGUCGUAACCGCUAACGUGGUGCCACAGAUCGUCCGCGUGGCGUGCGGCAACGGCGCCACCCGCGGCUUCACCUUCCGCUUCGAGAUGGAGGUGGACCGGCAGUUCAUAUACGACGAGCGGGCCCUCCUGAUGGCGUGCAAGGAGAGGGAGCUCGGCGGCGGCGGCAGGCCGGACAAGUGCCCGAUCUGCUUGGUGGGCCUGGAGGGAGAGCCCGCCGUGCAGCCACCGAGGUGCCCGCACACGUUCCACCGCAGGUGCAUUUUAAUGUGGUUCUGCAAGGCGACAACGUGCCCAAUUUGCCGCUGUGACGUGAGGUUCUGUGCCCUGCCGGAGUUUCUUGCUCUGUAG